CCGCCGACCAUCGCCGUUGCCACUCCGCCUUGCGCCUUAAGCCUCUCUCCCUCUCUCUCUCUCUCUUGCUUGUGUGAGAUGUAGCGUUUCUUACUUCUCUACGAUCGACUUAGAUGGGUUUGUUUCGGAUUCGCGGAUUGGAGAUGCGUCUCAAGCCCUUUCUUUCGACCUCCACCCACCUCCUUAAUCAGUCCCGGUCCUUGCAAACCUUACCCGCCUACGGCCACAACCGCGGCGUCUCCUACAUAGCUUCCCUCGUCUUUCGUUGCCGCGCCGCUGCUGGCUGCGCUCGCUCGCCCAGGCUCUUCUUCUCGGUCUCUUCGCAUCAAGAACUCGAGUGGCGCGAGGAGCAGCGGCAGCCCUUGUCAUCAUUCAUCAAGGACGACCGCCAGGACCGCUUCCGGCUCCAGCAGGAUAAGCCAGGCCGAUUCGUCCCCGUCAGAGCCUUCUUCUUGUCCACCAGCAUUGAUUUGAGAAGCUUGCAGUUCCAGAAUUCGUUUGACAUCAUCCCCCCUGCCUCUCGUGCCACCAACUAUGUCAUUCUUAGGUUCUAUGAUGUCAAGAGUGACCCGCAUGUUAUGGAGCUUGAUUUUGCGAAUGAGAGUAAUUGUCAUUAUAUGGUAGUUUUUCAAUAUGGUUCUGUUGUGUUGUUUAAUGUUUCUGAACAUGAAGCUGAUGGUUAUUUGAAGAUUGUGGAAAAACAUGCAUCAGGUUUGCUGCCAGAGAUGAGGAAGGAUGACUAUGUGGUAGUUGAAAUACCAACCUUGAAGACCUGGAUGCAAGGUGGGCUUGACUACAUUAUGCUUAAGAAUUUGAGCAUAGAUGGUAUUCGCAUCAUUGGAAGUGUUCUUGGUCAAAGCAUUGCUUUAGAUUACUAUAUUGGGCAAGUUGAUGGAAUGGUUGCAGAAUUCACAGAUAUCAAUCAUGAAAUGAAGAAAAUUGGUACUUUUACUGUAAAGAAGGAAAAACUUUUUCAGUUAGUGGGGAAAGCAAAUUCUAAUUUGGCGGAUGUUAUUCUUAAACUUGGGCUUUUUGAGAGGUCAGACAUUGCAUGGAAGAGUGCUAAAUAUGCACAGAUAUGGGAGUAUCUACGGGAUGAAUAUGAGCUGACACAAAGAUUUGGGAGCCUUGACUAUAAGUUGAAGUUUGUCGAGCACAACAUACACACCUUCCAGGAUAUUCUUCAGAAUCGGAAAUCAGUAUUUAUGGAGUGUCUAAUAAUUGUUUUGAUUGCUUUGGAGAUUCUCAUCUCACUUUAUAGUGUAUAUACUCAUUGAAGUUAGGGAAGUAAGUCUGGAGUUGAACUUCCAGAAAGUCAAUCAGCAAAAAAAAAAAAAAAAAAAAAUCCAAUUUUGAUGGUUAGAUUUAUUUAUUAGAACUUCUUUGAGCUAAGCACUUCAAGAAGGUCCAUUUUGAUGUUAUUGGUCCCUUUUCUAUAGUUUGUAGUGGCAUCGUUUUUAAUAAGAUACAGUGUUUUAGCAUGAAACUCGCUUUUUGCAAA